AUGUCUGACUUUCAAAACUUGAACGAAACAAUCUCAACCUUCAUCACGUAUCAAACAAAGGCAAGACGGAUACAUUCACGUGCCUUAGCUACUCAUGCAACGUCUCUCUACCCGAAAUCGCCAAUAAUACCACCCUACGAAAAACUAUUGGCAAAUCUGUCAUGGAUCAACAAGAAUUUGAACAGGCCAUUGACGCUGGCUGAAAAGAUCGUUUACUCUCAUAUGAUCAACCCUGAAUCGCUUACGCCUGUUCGUGGCGAAACUUACCUCAAGCUGUCGCCAGAUCGAGCUGCCAUGCAAGAUGCAAGUGCUCAAAUGGCCAUUUUACAAUUCAUGAACGCUGGAAUGAAAACCACAGCUGUACCUACAACAGUUCACUGUGACCAUCUUAUUGAAGCCCAUCAAGGUGGUGACAAGGACGUUGCUUCGUCAAUGAUAACAAACAAGGAGAUCUUUGACUUUUUGCGAGAUGCUUCUGAGAAGUACGGAAUCGGGUUCUGGAAGCCUGGAAGUGGAAUCAUUCAUCAAAUCGUACUCGAAAACUAUGCAGCACCAGGUGGUCUCAUGCUCGGAACAGACUCACACACACCAAAUGCUGGUGGUCUUGGCAUGAUUGCUAUUGGUGUAGGAGGUGCCGAUGCCGUCGACGCCAUGGCCAACAUCCCAUGGGAACUGAAAGCACCUAAAAUAUUGGGCGUCCGUCUAACUGGCAAGCUCAAUGGCUGGGCAUCACCAAAAGACGUCAUCUUGAAACUGGCUGGAUUAUUGACUGUGCAAGGUGGAACAAACCAUAUUGUCGAAUAUUUCGGUCCUGGUGUGGAUUCACUCAGUUGUACUGGAAUGGGCACGAUAUGUAAUAUGGGCGCUGAAGUUGGUGCUACGACGUCUGUGUUUCCUUAUACGGCUGCCAUGAAGAGAUAUCUUAAUGCUACGAGACGAGAGCAGGUGGCACAGGCUGCUGAUCAUGCUCUGGCUGCCGGAUUCUUGAAGGCUGAUGCUAAUGCUCAUUAUGAUCAAGUUGUUGAAAUUAAACUUGAUGAACUUGAGCCGCAUAUCAAUGGUCCAUUCACACCUGAUGCUGCAACUCCAAUAUCCAAAUUCAAGGAUUUGGUCAAAUCGAAAGGAUGGAAGGAUGAAGUCAAAGUCUCGUUGAUUGGAUCAUGUACCAAUUCCUCGUACGAAGACAUGUCUCGAGCAGCAUCAAUUGCAAAACAAGCAGCUGCAAAUGGAAUGAAGGUCAAGUCUGAAUUCCUGAUUACGCCAGGCUCAGAACAGAUUCGAGCUACCAUUGAACGAGAUGGUCAAACGGAUGUGUUGACCAGUGUGGGUGGUCAGGUACUAGCUAAUGCAUGUGGACCAUGUAUUGGCCAAUGGAAGAGGACUGAUAUGCAGAAAGAUGAAGAGAACGCGAUCUUGACCUCAUUCAAUCGUAAUUUCCGAUCCAGAAAUGAUGGCAAAUCCAAGACUAUGAACUUUUUGGCGUCACCUGAGAUUGUAACAGCAAUGGCAUUUGCUGGCAAAUUAUCCUUCAACCCAGCCACCGACUCUGUUGCCGGCUUUAAAUUCGCCCCUCCAUCAGGCGCCGACCUCCCACCAUCAGGUUUCCUAACAGGUCGCGACGUAUACGGCGCACCCGUCGCAUCACCACACCCAAACCCCGACAUAACAAUAACCGUAUCGCCUUCAUCAUCCCGUCUUGAAUUGCUGCAGCCGUUCGCGAGCUGGGAUGGUUCUGAGAUGGAGGAUUUGAGAGUGCCUGUCAAGGUUGUUGGCAAAUGCACUACAGAUCAUAUAUCAGCUGCUGGCAAGUGGUUGAAAUAUAAAGGACAUUUAGGUAAUAUUUCGGCCAAUACACUCAUUGGUGCUGUGAAUGAAUUCGCGGGGGGUAAGGUUGGAGUUGCGGUCAACGAGCUGACGAAGAAGGAGGACAGCAUCCCAAAUGUGGGCGAAGCAUAUAAGGCCGCCAAUGUGCCAUGGCUUAUAGUAGCUGAUUCCAACUAUGGUGAGGGAUCUGCACGCGAGCAUGCUGCACUACAACCACGACAUCUGGGAUGUCGCGUAAUCGUGUCUAGAUCGUUUGCUCGUAUUCACGAAACCAACUUGAAGAAACAAGGCAUCCUACCCGUAACAUUCAAAAACCUUGCUGACUAUGACAAAAUCACACCCAACUGCCGCGUAUCUACACUGAAUCUCGGUGCAGCAGCCAAGUCAUCGACGCCACAGGAAAUCACAUUGAGGAUACAGCCUGCAAGUGGACCUGCAUUUGAUGUUCCGGUGCAGCAUACCAUGUCGGCUGAUCAGUGGUCGUGGUUUACGGCCGGUAGUGCGUUGAAUGCUAUUGCAUCUAAAGCCUUGUAG